ACCACCAGGAAGAAGUUGAUGAAGGAGCGCCAUUGUCAAUGGCAACCGAGCUCCAAAGAACCUCGAUUCUUCCUGCACAAGAUCGACGCUUCCUACUGCAUUCCAGCCCUUAGCCCAUGAUUCUCAUCGCACUGCGUUUGAAAAGGUUGGUGAGAGAUUCUCAGCAGGGAAAUCGCACAUGAGCAGAAGCAGGUUAUGGAGGCCAAUUGUUGGAUGGAGCACAUUGGAUCUUCGCACUCGGAUGGUAUGCUGAUAUGAGAUUGCGGCUUGGAGUGAGCAACAUAAUUCUCUACAGUGAAGUUGCAGAGUGUUCCUGCAAUAUGGAGCUCUGAACGGAAACUGGUUCGACUCAGAAAGCGUCGAAUGGAUCUUAGUAUGUGGCUCUAAAUAUCAGUUCGAUUUUGAAACUCAAGUUCCACGAAUUACGGGUAUACUGGUUUGGAUUAAUUCUUCAAGGUGUGUGGCAUAGACAACCAUGAGAAGGAGAAUAUCUGCAGCAAACCAGGGGGCUGCAACCCCCCCUGGAGUCGAAAUUGGCUCUGCAUCGAGAAACUGGUAUACCAAAGUUCUAAUAGAACACCCUAUCAAGACAAAGGCUAUCACCCUCGGCAUUCUCAACUGUGUUGGAGACAUUUUCACUCAGCUGUAUGUAGAAAAAUCGGGUGGUUUGGAUUAUAGACGGGUGGCGUCGAUGACCACCUUUGGGCUUUUCAUUGUGGGACCAACACUCCAUUACUGGUAUAGUUUCCUCAACAGAGUAGUGAAAGCUUCUGGCCCAAAAGGUGUGGCAAUUCGACUAGUUUUGGACCAGUUCAUCUUUGCUCCGAUUUUCAUCGCUGUAACGUUCGCCUAUUUGUUGCUGGUGGAAGGACAUGUUGACAAAAUCCAAGACAAGCUUUCGAAAGACUGGAAACCCGCACUGAUUGCAAAUUGGAAAUUAUGGCUUCCCUCGCAGUUCUGCAACUUCAUGUUUGUCCCUCCAGUUUUGCAGGUAUUAUGUAGCAAUGUCAUAGGCUUGGUAUGGAAUGUGUACGUUUCACACGCCAGCCAUAAGCCCUCAGGUCAAUCCGCUAUUUACAAACAAGUAGCACAAGAAGUGCAAAAUGCAGCGCAUGCACUUCGCAAGCCCCAGUUCCCAUUUCAGGCGGAGGCUUAACAACCACUCCUUGCUGAACAGCGUUAAUACUAAUCUCACGAUACUGAAAUAAGUGCACUGACUGGGUAAACUGACAACCGUCCUGAGAAUAGCGGUUUUCGGUGUAAAACAAUUGCUCUGAAUUAUACUACUCUCCAGGCGAAAAGAAAAUUCGGUGUUGCAUAAAGAUCAAAAUGAGAUGGAGUCGGAAAAGCACCAUCAAUAAUUUGGGACCCAGUAGCUGUACAAAACAAUGAAGACCAUUUUUGAUCUAAUUAAAAUACAAUGAGGCCCUAAA